UCACAUUUAGUAAGAACACUUGACUACUUUAAGAUGCCGCCCACCCCUACACACGCCACACAGGACCACCGCGGGAAGGGAUGACGUGUAGGCCAUCUGAAGCCCCUCGUUCGUCGGUCAUGCGUUGCAAAAAUUGGGCCUGCAAAAACCUUCUCAAUUUACAAUUCACGUCAAAAUAUUAGCGACAACUUUUCAUUUCAAGAUUAUGACACUUCCUUUUAGCUCGAAGGAGGAAUACUGACCAUGCAUUCAUAUAGGCUCCCACACCAAUGGCCUAGAAAUUCACCUAGAAAAACUGCACAGGCUUUGACCAGUCAUUCCAAGAAAUCGGAACUGAAUCAUCUGUGCAGUUCCAUGAGCAAACUUCUGUCACCAAGGUGCUUCUGCCGUGCCGCUCUUGUAGUAUUAUUUUCGGUUACGUUUGCCAGUGUUGGUUUGUGGCUUCAUUUCAAGACGCCAAUUGAUAUGCUUCAUGGGAUGCCGCAAGAAGACUCAAAUGAAGAAUUGGCCUUAAGAUAUGAGACUGAGUUUGAGGAGGAAGAGGAGGGUUUGACGCAAGACGACCAGUUGGGUCCCAACUCACUAUCAGUUGCACCUUCUUUUGCUGAUGAAGUUCGAGCUCUGGCCAAGGCCUUACCCAAGCGGAAGAUUGUCCUGACCACAGCCAAUACGGGAUUCCUAGAUUUCACCCAGAACAUGCUGUUGAGCAUCCAGCGAGUCGGGAUCCAUCCGGAAGUGGUUGUGAUUUGCGAGGAUGAGGCCACUUACAAGUUCCUGCUCAAACAUCGUUACGGGCUCCACGUUUUGAAACCCCCCAAUGCCAUUCCAGAGGCGGCAGGGGUGCUCAACUACGGCGUACCUGACUACGUCACACUGGUCAACAACAGGCCCAAGUAUACAUAUGAGUUCAUCAAGCAAGGCUUCGAGGUCUUUUUCGUCGAUUCGGACACUUUCUGGUUCCGCGACCCAUUUCCGUAUUUCAAAGGGGACCAGUACGACGUUGCCUUUAUGAGGGACUACCGCAAAGUUUUCAAUGCUGGGGUAGGGUUCUACAGACCCACCAACCGCACCGAGUACUUCUUGCGACUCUGGUCCUGGGUCCUGGAGACCCAGCCCAAGAUCAGACACGACCAGCACGUCAUGAACUACAUCCUGUCCUCCAAGAUUAGCCCCGAUAUCAAGAUCAGAUCUCUGAGCUUCCAAGUUUUCCCGACUUGCAAGAUUUUAUACGACUGGGAUCAUGAAGUAUGCAGAAACGUCACCAAGAAAACUGCACUCUUUCACGCCGCAUUUGUACCUGACCAUGACAACAAAAGAAAAGUCUUUGAUAUCUGUAAGAUAUGGCUACUAAAUUGAAUCCCCCCCCCCAAAAAAAGCGGGUCCAACAAAAUACGGGUGACACAAAUUAAACCGCACACGACAAGUGAUCAUACACUAUUGAAUUCGGUAUUCCCAUUGUUUUAAAUUAACACCAAUAAAAUGAUAGGAAAGAAUUCAAUACCUGGACAUCACUUGACGCCCUGUGCACGAACCCUAUGAGACUGGUCUGAGAAAUUCUUUUAGGACAUGUUGUCGCUUUCUGAUGGGUGAUAGGCCACUGCAGGGGAAACUUAGUGAUGUCCAUGUAUGAAAUUCUUUCCAAAUGUUGUCUUUUUCCCUUUAGUUUGUAUGGAAUCUAACGCUCUAAUAAAAAGAGGUAUUAGGUCUAGAGUACUAAUGUAUAUCCAUAUGUUCCUUUCUGUUGCAAGCAAAAACAUGGAAAACAAAAACGGAAAAGUGUGUUUUCCUUUACAUACUUUUUGAAAUUCAUGUACAUUAAUAAUAUGCAUAAUUUAUCCAAAUUAUGUGGAUGUAGGUUAUAAGUUACACUGAGUAUAAACUUUACUUUACAUGUUUAUAUUACAGUUUAUUAUAAUUCAUGUCGUUAUAAAGUUUAUUGUUUUCGUUUCGUUUGUGAAAGGUCUCUCAUAUAAUUUGAACAGAAAGUGAUUUGUGAUAUUUGUUGACCCCAGAUAAAGAAACACACUUAAACUUA